AUGGCUCUCAAUGAGAAAUUGCAACAAAAUGAUGGGGCAGAGAAGGCUGAUCCAAAAGUUUAUCGAAGUCUUGCCGAUUCCUUGAUGUAUCUCACAAACGCAAGGCUAGACAUACUACAUUAUAUAAGUCUAAUUUUUAGAUUUAUAAAACAACCAAGCAAGCUACAUUUUGUAGCAGCAAAGAGAAUUUUACGCUAUUUACAAGGCACUAAAGAGUUUGGGAUCAAGUAUGUAAAGGAAGAAGAUAGCAAAUUAGUUGGUUUUACUGAUAGUGAUUGGGCAGAAAGUCUUGAUGAUCAAAAAAGCACAUCGGGCUAUAAUUUUUGUUUAGGAUCAGACGUGAUCUCAUGGAGUUCAAGGAAGCAAAGUUCUGUUGCAUUAUCAUCAGCUGAAGCUGAGUACAUAGCAGCAAAUGAAGCUGCUCGUAAAGCUAUUUAG